AUGGAACGUCUUUCUCGUACGACACAACCGCCCAAAAACCCGGUCGUGACCGUUGGACCGCAAGGUCCGCUUGGCGCCACCCUUACUGGCCGUCAAGUCGUAGACACGCGCCGCGGGUACCGACAAGUCGAUGUCAAACCUAAACUCCAUGCCCAACGCGUGGAUACCGUGGCUCCCGAAGUGAAAGGCAAAUUUUGGGGCCGCCCCACAUUCAAGACCCAGUACGGUUGGAAAUUCCAUGAUUACAGAGCUCCGGAUCUGUACCAUGAACCUAUCCUCAGUCCGCUCAAACAAUUCGAUUGGACCAACAAGGUCGCCACAACCAUUCAGGCCGCUGACCGUACGGGGUCAAAGAACCCAUGGGUUCCAAAAGCCAACCCUGGAGGGUUGUUGGUCAAACCGAAAAAUUAUUUGACACGUGGGUCGAACUUGAGGACGUUGGAAACUGUUGAUGAAUAUGGAAAACCGUUCAUCCCUGACGUCAUGGAUUGGGAACGUACUCACAAAGAUAACCUCAAUCUUGAACGAUCGGUUGUGGACCGCUACGAUGCUCACUAUGACGACCCAAUGGAAACUGACACCAUCUUCUCUGGCCCUCCAAAAAAUGAUAUGAAAGCGCGUGCCGCAUCUGAACGUACUCAAUUGAAUGCAUUGUUGAAAGCAUUGGACAAUGCUCGGUCACAUAACAUUGAACUCUCACCGCAGAUGGCGGAAACUUUAUCUCAAUUGGAAUCAGUGGCGAAGGACGCGGCCGAUGCCAUGGAAGGGAUCGAACACGUGGGCUAUAUCCAGCGCGCCACUCAGCCUUCCAAAACCGCUGCCGCAGAAUCCGGCUACACGGCCCAAGCCAUCCACCAAUUCAUUGCGAUCCUCGAUGGGAUCAAGGCGGCUUCAUUGACAUCCUUACCCGAGACCGCAUCACAAAUGUGGUACGAACGUGUCUUGGACCAAGUGGAAUCCUUGUCCCAAGCGUUCGGAUUCUUGUCUGAACGUUUGAAUGAUGAUUCCGUGCCUAAAAACCAAUUGGAACGGCAACACGGGAUCCUUGUCGAUGUCGAGAAGAGGGUUGGUUUACUCACUGUCUAUGCCCUCCACGGUCAACGUACACAGAUGCGCCCCCAAGAAAUGAAUGCCAACGUGACUUACAUCCACAACAAACUCGGUGAAUGUUUAUUGUGGGUGAACCAGCUGCUCCACUCUAAGGGGUACUCUGCCACAGCCGCCAACGGUUACCAAGACGUCCCUGCAACCGCUUCCGAGUUUGAGGAUAUUAGUGCGGCAUGGGAAGAUCUGUUGACCAUGGCAGACGCCCCAACCCAACGUGCCAUGGCGCCGGUCCUUAACGCGUUACGCCCUGCGCGUGAAUCAUUGAGUAAUAUUGCCAUGGACAUGGACAUCACGCCUACGGCCAUUGCCCCGGCUAUUGGUAAUGAUAUAGAUGUAGAACGCUCGGCCGCAACCGGUGUUAGCAGCAGCGGCGGUGAAGGCGUCGCUGGUGGCGAGGCCUCGGCCACGGCGGUCACUCACACGGUCGUCCCCCAAACGACUGUCACUGGCACCAACCUCCCUGACGUAACGGAUGAGGAAAUUGAUACUUUCAUUCAAACCGGUCAAUUUAGGGCGGAAUGGGGAAUUCGCACUAAGGCUCAACGUGACCCCAAACGUCUUAUACGUAAUAAUGCAUUUCGGGAAAGGGUCCGUACAACCCUCGCCCGUGAGAAAGCAUUGACCCAACAACCGAGACGCAAUACCAUUAAUCUGGAUAAGCUCACCCCACGAAAGACCGUCCUCCAACCUCCUGCAGCCCCGUCUACGUCCGUUGUACACGAUGCUGACACUGAAGCCAUGUAA